AUGCCGUAAUAAUCCUGACCUGUUGAUCGGGAUACCUGGAUUGACGGUGCCUUUCUUGUUUUCUUUUUUCUGUGGUUUCAAACCAGAGACCGAGAAGGCAGCUCACUAAGCAUGGAGGGAAAAGAGAAGGAGAAGGGGCAAGAGAGGGCCAUUGGUAUCGAUCUGGGAACAAGUUACUGUUGUGUUGGGGUAUGGCAGCCGCAGCAUAACAUGGCUGAGAUCAUUGUUAAUGAGCAGGGAAACAGAACCACUCCUUCCAUGGUUGCUUUUACCCAAUCCCAGAGACUUAUUGGCGAUGCUGCUAAGAACCAGAUUGCAACCAAUCCUCUCAAUACUGUCUUUGAUGCCAAGCGACUCAUUGGAAGGCGCUUCUCUGAUUCUUGUGUGCAACAGGACAUCAAAUUAUGGCCUUUUGUUAUCGAAGAGGUGGAUGAUAAGCCUCUCAUUAAGGUUACUUACAAAGGGGAAACAAAAUUAUUUGCGCCUGAAGAGAUCUCAUCCAUGCUGCUCAUGAAAAUGCAGACCAUUUCUGAACGUUAUCUGAAGUGCGAGGUGAAGAAUGCAGUUAUUACUGUGCCUGCUUAUUUUAAUGAUGCGCAAAAGAGGGCCACAAAGGAUGCUGGUAAGAUUGCAGGCCUCAAUGUCAUGCGAAUAAUUAACGAACCAACGGCUGCAGCUAUAACUUAUGGCUUCCAUGAUGUAUUUACUGGAGAAAGAAGCGUUCUCGUCUUCGAUUUGGGUGGAGGUACGUUUGAUGUCUCAGUUUUAUCUGUUCAAAAGGGUUUCAUUGCCGUCAAGGCUGUUAGAGGGGAUAUGCAUCUAGGAGGUCAAGAUUUUGACAACAGAAUGCUUAAUUUCUGUAUUCAAAAGUUUAACACAAAAUACAAGUUGGAUAUGAGGAUGAGUGCCAAAGCUCUUCGAAGGCUUCGUUCAGAAUGCGAGAGAGCAAAGAGGAAUUUGUCCUCCGAGGUAGAGACUGUUAUCGACAUCGACGGUCUUUACCAGGGACAUGAUUUUUUUUUAAAGGUUAGCAGAGCCAAAUUCGAGGAGCUAAAUGUCGACUUAUUUCAGAAGUGCAUAGAAAUAGUGAGAGAGUGCCUGCAGGAUGCCCAAAUGACCAAUGACCAAAUCGACGACAUUGUGUUAGUGGGAGGUUCGUCGCGUGUAACAAAGUUGCAGGAGUUACUGAGGCAAGAUUUUGGGCAGAAAAAGCUAUGCAACAAAGUAAACCCCGAUGAGGCCGUUGCUUAUGGCGCGGCCGUGCAGGCAGCGGCAUUGAACAAUGAAGAUGUGACCCUAAUGCUCACGGAUGUUGCACCUUUGAGCCUGGGAACUCAAAUUAAGGGUGGUGUCAUGAGCGUAAUUGUUCCACGAAAUACCCCAAUUCCCGUUCAGAGGGAAAAAUAUUUCACUACAGCCUGUGAUAAUCAGACUGCAACAAUUUUUCCGGUUUAUGAAGGAGAGCGAACAUUGGUCGCACAAAAUAAUCUUUUGGGUGAAUUUGAGUUGACUGGAAUUCCGCAGGCCAGAUGGGGGGUGCCAAGUGUGAAGGCUUGCUUCAAAAUAAGUGAGGAUGGCAUUCUCUCAGUCUCUGCAGAGGACGAGGGUAGUGGAGCAAGUAAAGAGAUUACAAUAACCAAUGCCGGUGGAAGACUUAACAAAGAAGAGAUCGAUCAAAUGAUAGCCGAUGCAGAAAAAUUUAAAGAAGAUGACAAAAAAGUUAAAAAGAAGAAUCUGGCCAGAGGCAAUCUGGUUUACUAUAUUUACAACAUGAAAAUCAGGGUAAGUGAGGCCAAGACCAAACAUAAUAUAAAGGCAUCUGCUGCAGAAGACGUCCUAUCGACACUGCAUAGUGCUCAACAAUGGUUGGAUGACAAUGAGGAGGCAGAAGCUUCUGAAUUUGAAAAAGAGUUGAAAGAGCUUCGGAUCGAUCGGUUGCCUCCUUUUACCAGGAAUUUGUAAGGUAUGCCGAUUCUUAAAAUAUUUUUUUUUUAAUUUUGGGUUGAGAGAGAGUAGUAACUAAACAUAGUGUGUUAGGUCAAUUUGAGAUUUGUAGCUAGGAAUCUGCCAUCAUUGUAGCCUCACUUGUUAUCGAAGCUUAUUUUUGUCUUUUUCGGAAAAUAUGUCUAAAGUGAAGAUAAAAGCAGCUCUAUCGAGCGUACAAGUUUUUAUAUCUCCGAAGACAAAAGAAACAUGCGUAGUCUUAUUUAUAAUUCUAUUUUUAUCA